AUGUCCGAGGCUAAACCAACUGUGAUCGUAACCUUUCGUGACCUAUGGGCGGGGUGGAAAGACGCGCCGUUGAGUAACCAUGGCAUGAAUGAACCUCAAGCACUCGCUAUGUCACUGUCAACUACCUGUUUGUCCGCCAUAUACGCUUCUCCCUUGAAACGCGCGCUGUGGACAGGCCAGGCCGUCCGCGACCAGCAACCCGAUCCAAAACCACCCUUCCAAGAGUCUCCGCUCAUACGAGAGCAACACUUCGGUGUGGCCGAGGGCCGUCCGUGGUCGUGGCAUCAGAAGGAGAACCUUUCGCUCGAAGAGCACUUCGCCCAGGGAAUAUAUCCGGUCCUUCACGAGCGUCAUCAGCAUUUCCCCGAAGGAGAGAGCGUGGACGACCUUUUCGUCCGAGCAUCACGGGCUAUAGAUGAGCUUGUGAUGCCUCACGUAUGGAGGGCGGCUAGAGAAGGGAAGACCGAGGUUCACAUUGCACUGGCGAGCCAUGGACUCUGCAUUGGUGAGCUCAUCCCGGCGCUGCUCUUGAAGGACUCCCAAGGAGUGCAUCCGGGAGAUCAGUAUCGCGGAUUACGCAACACCGCUUGGACCAGAUUGACGGUGGAAGUGGAGGUAACCUGCCGAGUCACCGACAUCAACCGCCAUGAACACUUGGAUAACGUCGUGCGCCAGAAGGGAGGGAUUGGAAGUGCGGCCCACGACCCUAAGCAGCAAGACAUUCGCGCCUUCUUCGGUGGGGGCAAGAUUGCGAACAAUGUAGAUUUGGAAGAGGGUCGCAGCCUCAGCAACGCAAAGGAUGAGGCAGACGUAGUGAUUCAAGGGACACGACUUUAG